UUUAUUCAGGGCCCAAUUGGGCUUUGUCGGUCAUCUCUGGCUCCCUUAUCUAUCCAAAAUCCAAUCCACAUGCUUCUCUUCUUCACUGGUUUAACCUAAAUUUGUGGCCACCAGUAGAGUGAAGGUGGCUGCUGGGGUACGGGAACGAAGAUGGAAGAGAAAGUCAAGAUUUUAGCAUUCAUCGGAGCUGGAGCUCUAUUGGGUUCUGCUGCUACACUUGCUAUCUCAAAGCUUCUUUCCGAUCCACUGCCAAUAAACAACCAAUGUGUUGGCAAAGUGUAUACAAGUGAGGCAGUAAAAUCAAAUGGGCUUCCUGGAUCCAAAUGUAAUGGACUGGCUACUCCAAACCCGUUGACUGAUGAAGUAGUUUCUGAACAACUGACCAGGAAUAUACAGUUCUUUGGCCUUGAAGCCCAACAGAAAGUGACUGCAUCAUAUGUUGUGGUAAUUGGUCUUGGAGGAGUUGGAAGUCAUGCUGCAUCCAUGCUUCUGAGGUCAGGAGUUGGUAGGCUACUCCUUGUGGAUUUCGAUCAGGUGUCGGUCUCCUCAUUAAAUAGACAUGCUGUUGCCACAAGAGAAGAUGUUGGUACCUCAAAAGCCUUGUGCCUCAAGAAGCACUUCCAAUCAAUUUUCCCAGAGUGCCAUAUAGAUGCUAAAGUUAUCUUAUAUGAUUCAUCGUCUGAAGAAGAAAUUCUGUCUGGCCACCCUGAUUUUGUCCUUGAUUGCAUUGAUAAUAUCGACACAAAGGUGGCACUUCUCGCUGCAUGUGUUCGAAGAGGUUUGAAAGUUUUAUCUGCAACUGGAGCUGGCGCAAGGGCUGAUCCAACAAGAAUUCGCGUGGCUGACUUAAGAGAGUCUACCAAUGAUCCUCUAUCUCGAGCGGUAAGACAUCGUUUGAGAAAAGAUCAUGGUAUUGAUGGUGGCAUUCCUGUGGUAUUUUCUCUUGAGAAACCAAAGGCAAAGUUGCUUCCCUUUAAAGGGCCAAGCGGAGAAGAAGAAAAUCCAUCAGAUUAUCAAAUAGUGCCUGGAUUUAGGGUCCGCAUCAUUCCAGUUCUGGGGACUAUACCUGCAAUUUUUGGGCAAGUCAUGGCUUCCUAUGUUGCGACUCAACUUGCUGGAUUGCAAGUCCAUAUGGAACCAGUGGUGAAUUUUGAUACGGAUCACUACGAAAUCCUCCAUCAACGCCUUAUUGAGCAUGAAGAGUUGCUAUAUGGUACAUCCAUGCAAGUGGAGGUAGAUGUUGAAGAAGUUGUGUACAUUGCCAAAGAGUUGUGGCAUGGGAGAAGUGCAAGGGACCUAUCCAUUAAAGAUGUAGGGCGAGCAAUGUGGCGUUCAGUGAAUGAGUUGAUGCUUGUGAGGUGGGAUAAAACAAAGUCGGCCUCAGUUUCAAAUCUAAUCCUGCUAAGAUUCAAGGAGGCCGACGAACACGAGUCAAGGUCACUGGAAGAUAUAAAGGAAGAAGAACCAGAUUUUUUUGUUAGGGUGACAACUGUGCUGAAGCGAGCAGAACGGGAGUUUGGCUUUUAAGAGGCACACGUAUCCCACCAGCUAUAUGAGCAGUCUG